AUGGUGCUCUGGAAUACCAGUGGAGGGUUUCUGAGCAUCGAUCCCACUGCCCCAGCCUGGGAGAGCACACUCACACCAGUGAAUGGAAGUGACCAGGCCUUUCUGCCAACUUUCCCCGUGGAGAUCCUGAUCCUGGCCUUGCUGAGCCUCACCUUUGCCCUCAGUGGGCUGGUAGGAAACCUGAUCGUGCUCUGGAUCCUGGGCUUCUGCAUGCAGAGGAACACCUUCUCCGUCUACAUCCUCAACCUGGCAGGAGCCGACUUCCUCUUCCUCUCCUUCCAGGUUGUCUAUUCUCUGAAGGCACUCGUCAACUUCCAUUCCGUGCCCCUUUCCAUCCCCAGGUUUUUCAUCAUCGUGUGGACCUUUGCCUACAUCGCAAGCCUGAGCAUCCUCCGUGUCAUUAGCACAGAGCACUGCCUGUCAGUCCUGUGUCCCAUCUGGUACCGCUGCCACCGCCCAAGACACACGUCAACUGGGAUGUGUGCCCUGCUCUGGGCCCGGUCCCUGCUGCUGAGCAUCCUGGAAGGGAAGUACUGUGGCCUCCUGUUACGAGAUUUUGAGGAUGGUUGGUGUCGGGCAUUUGAUUUCACUGCUGCCACCUGUCUGAUUUUCUUAUUUGUGCUUCUCUCUGGGUCCAGCCUGGCUCUGCUGACCCGAUUGCUGUGCGGCCCCCAUCGGCUGCAGGUGACCAGGCUGUACGCAACCGUGGUGCUCACAGUGCUGGUCUUCCUCCUCUGCGGCCUGACCUUCGGCAUUCACUUCCUCUUACGCUGGAUUCGGACGAGUUCUGAUACAGUCCUCGGGCAUCUUAAUCUGGCUCCGAUUGUCCUGUCCUGCAUCAACAGCUUUGUCAACCCCAUCAUUUACUUCUUCGUUGGCUCCUGUAGACAGCGGUGGCCCCAGCGACACAAGAGCCUCAAGAUGGUCCUCCAGAGGGCUCUGCAGGACAUAUCAGGGGGUGAGAGUGAAGCCAGCCUUCCUCAGGGAACUCUGGAGAUGGCAGGAAGCAGUCUGGUGUCCUGAGUCAGACAAAUGUGGCUUUGAGAGCCAACUU